AUGGCUAAUAUUGAAGAUUUAUCACAGUUUCUCGACAUUAUUCCAUCACUUUCGGACGAUGCCUUUUACGAUUUCGUUAAAGAAUUUAUUGGCGUUGAUGAAUCUGAUAUCUUAAAGAUACAAAAAAUAAAAAACGUUCGAAUUUUAUUACGAGUACCAGAUGUCUUUUCAUUUUUUACUAUCAAUAAUAAAGAAAUAAAUAGUUUAAAAGAACGAGCUUGCUUCGUUGAUGAAGAUAUGAAAGCUGUUGUAAAGACAGGAAUUCGAUCAAACAUAGAGUUGUUUAUUGAAUUAUUAAAAAAACACGAAGAAUCAAAAAAAGUUCAAGAAAAAAAUGAUCAUAUGUACAACUUUACCAACUUUAAUACACAAAACAUUGAACCAAGUGAACUAAAAUCAUUUGCACAAGUCUUUAUUGAUAACUAUUUGAAGAAUACGAAACGACCUAGCAAUAACUACAAAUUUGAUGAAAUUGUUAAUAAAUUUGCGUCAGCAUUACACAUACUAUCAGGACAUCAUGCAUACGCAUUCGUUCGUAACAAUUUACCUGGUGCUUUACCUUCAGUUGUUACAUUAAAUACAUUCAAUGAAAAUAUUAAUUUAGGUUUACGUGAAUGUGAAUUUAGAUUUGAUUCACUCAAAAACCAUUUAGUUGCAAUUGAUGCAAACUAUAUCUUCUCGUCUGAAGAUACAACUAGUGUUAUCCAGUCAAUCUAUUAUGAUUCUAAAGAUGACUGUUUCAUUGGAUUCUGCUCACCAUUGAUGAAUGGUUUACCUCUAAUGAAUACAUUUAAAACUGAUAAUUAUCAUGAAUUAGAAAACUGGUUUCAACAUACCAACAGAUCAAGUUUAAUUAAUACACAUUUAAUUGAACCUAUACCAACAAAUAAUUCAUCACAUGCACAUUCAAGACCUUACAUACUUUCAGCGUAUGGAACGGAUGAUGUAGUCACGGCAACAGAUAUUCUACGCCGAUGGAUGUUUUUAUUCAAUGAAUGUAAAGAACGAGAUAUUCGUCUUGUAGGUUUCUCAUCCGAUUGUGCACCGAAAUAUCUCAAAGCUAUGAGAUUAGCAUUAGGAUUCUUUACAAGAGCACCAAAUAUCGAUUUAAUUACUGGAAAUGAUAAUAUUCUUAAUAUAGGAAUUCCAUCAACAUGGCGUUUUUUUUACAUGAGAAAAAUUCAGUCAUUUCUUGUAAUGCAAGAUGGUACUCAUCUUGUUACUAAAGUUAGGAAUCGUCUGUUAUCAAAUAUAGCAAACUUAUGUAUUAAUGGUCAUGAUAUUAGUGUUAGUUAUCUUUUUCAUAUACUUGAAAAUUAUUCCAAAAUUGAACACAAUUUAAUUAAAAGUGAUAUAGUUCCUCAUGAUAGACAAAAUUAUACAUCAUGUCUUAAAAUCACAUCUGAUGAUGUAUUAAACUUAUUGAAACAAAUAAAUGCCAAAGGAACUUAUAUAUAUUUAUAUUUAUUAAAGUUACUAAUUUUAACUUACGUUAAAUCAAAUACUAGUAUUCAAAAUCAAUCGAAUAAUACUACAUGUAAAAUAAGAUUUCCUAUUCAUCACAAGCAUCAACCUAAUGAAUCAAGUGAAUCAAUGAAUAAUCAAAAUCUAUCUACAUUAACAUUACAUGAUAUCGAAAAGAUUAUUAUUAAUGCUUAUCAUGAAGCCGAAUUAAUGAUGGGACAGUUAAAUUUAAUUGAAUUAUUGAAGAAACAUAAUUUAAAUGAUAUGAAUAAACUUAGUUCUUUUGUCUUCGAGCAACUUAGCAAAAAUUCAACAAUCGAUUAUUCUGUUGUAAAUAAUAAUGAUGAUGAAGUAGAUUCAGAUGAUGCUGAUAAUAAUAUCAAUAAUAAUUAUGAUACUACUAAUUAUAAUAAUAAUAAUAAUAAACAUAUUGUUGUUGAUCAUCCUGAAAUUGAUUCUGAAUUUGAUGAGGAUUCUUCAGAUGAUGAUGGUCAAAAUCCUUAUCAUUUAAAAGUAUCCAAACAAACAUUUCAAGGUAUGAGGAUAUUUGAUACAAUUAAUCCAGCAAAAGCGUGUCAUUAUCUUAAAAUUUUUAUCAAUAACAAACAAAAAUAUAUUCACAAACAGACUGCUGUAAGAAUGCUGACCAUUAAUAAAAACUUCUUGUCUUCUGACAGACAAAUACGAGUUCAACAAACAAAAAAUCAAAACUGAUGUAUUCAUGUUCAUUCAUUUAUAUUACUAGACAUUAUAUAUAAAUAAAGAUUGUAAACUGAAGUUCAAUAUACAUUUUUUCAAAGGUUUCUCUAAAUACGCGGCAAUAUAUUGAUAAUAUCACUAGAGCCUCUUAAAUAGAGAACGGAAACUAAUUAAUAUGAAGAAAAAAUCAUUAGUAGAAACGCUAAAUCAUAACAUUCUUUUCGAUGGUGUUGUUUGAAUUAUUAAAAAAUUCGCAAAUCUUUAAAAACUAUUACUAUUCAUAUGUGAUCACAAGACAAUAAAACGGAAGCAAAUACUUCCAUUCAGUUUCUGUCUGUAUACAGGAUAGACGUAAAAUCUUGCUAUAAUAUUGAAAUGAGAUAAUACAUGUAAAACAAAAACGAAUGAACCUUCUAAUAGCUACUUAUUACAUGGAACAAUAACCUAUAUAAUGGAUCCUCUUGGAUCCUCAUGGAUCCUUGUGAAUCCUCUUGGAUCCCCAUGGAUCCUCGUGGAUCCUUGUAGAUCCCCAUGGAUCCU